AUGCUGCCCAGCGCCGUGGCGGCCCACGCCGGCGCGUACUGGGACGCGGUGGCCUCCUCGGCGCUCCUCAGCCUCCCCGCGGCGCCGGGCUUCGGCCACCUGGGCAAGAGUUUCCUGAUCGAGAACUUGCUGCGCGUCGGCGGCGCCCCGGCGCACGGGCUGCAGCCGCCGCCGCCCCACGGCCCGGCCGCCGCCGUGGCCACUGCCGCCGCCGGCGCUCCGAGGGCCCUGCCCGCCAGCCCAGUGCCGCUGAAGCUGUGCCCCGCCGGGGCGCCCUACGGCCCGCGCUGGGCCUUUCCGGGGCUCAGCCCGUCCGCGGACGGCGUGAGGCUGCCGGGCCGGGCUCCGGGGGACCGAGACGGCGCCUUCCAGCCUUCAGCGCCAGCGCCCGCCAAGCCCCUGCUCGUGAGCGCCCCGGCCUUCUACUCGGCCUGCUGCGGGGGGUCCUGCCGGCGCCCCGCGCCCGCCGCCGCCUUCCCAAGAGAGGAGAACGUGCUGCCAGUCCUGACGCAGGACUCCAACUCCAAAGCCCGCAGGGGCAUUUUAAGAAGAGCUGUCUUUUCUGAGGACCAGAGGAAGGCCCUGGAGAAGAUGUUCCAGAAGCAGAAAUACAUCAGCAAAACUGACCGGAAAAAGCUGGCUGCCACCUUGGGGCUCAAGGAGUCACAGGUGAAAAUUUGGUUUCAGAACAGAAGGAUGAAGUGGCGGAAUUCCAAGGAGAAGGAAGUGCUCUCCAACAGAGGCGUCCAGGAAGCGGGCCCGCAGGAGGACGCCCUCCCGCCCUCCGUCCUGGCUUUCCCUCCUCCGUGUGCCUCCCUGUGGGAUGUCUCCCAGCGGCACUGCCCUGCGGCGUGGAGGGGGGGCUCCCCAGAAUCUGCGGAGAGACUAAUCCAGGAGAACACCGGGGUGCCUACCCAGGAAGUGAGUUCCCUGCCAGACGCCUUGUGCUUGUGUCCCCAGGAAGAGACUGGACACAAGGGCGUGCUUGCCGGAGUCAUGUGAGCGGGACACUCACUAAUCACGUGUGGACCCUAACACAGCUAGUAUGUCCUCACCAGUGCCUAAAACCUAAUGCCUUCGGAAUGACGUGUGGUCUGAUGCCUUAGGAACCCUGCCCCAGUGUUCCCUUGUUUGACCCUAGACUCAGGCUUAAUUUGUAAGUGAAAUAGAAUCUCCCAGGAGGAAUGAAGGACUGAAAGAGGAAGAGCAGUGGCCGGCGAGUCCCUGCGGGGAGCGUGUGUACAUAUGUGCGUGUGUCUCUGUGUGUAUAUAAGUAUUCAUUAAACAUACU